UCAUUCCAGCAGAGAGUAAAACCGAGCGAGAGAGGCAGAGCUGAACGCAUUUUCACGUCCACGCGCUCAUUCCGACACGGUGAGGACUUCUCUAAAAAAUACAAAAAUAAAAAGUCUGGGAUAAACUUCAGCAAACUGUGACCUUACCUUUCCUCACCCGGGACAUUGUGUGUGUGUUACGGGACUUUUUGUUGCGGAGGCUGAAUACCAGCUGCCUUACCUGUCCCAUCCGCCGGUCCUCGGUGCGUCGUGUCCGGCCAGCAGCGUCCCCAGUUUGAUCCAGUUCCAGAGUCCAGCUGUGAGCGACCCAUCUGCUAGAUCUCUAUCAUCAGGACGAAGAUGAGACUGUGUGGCUUCAUUGUGUUGACCCUGGCCGUCCUCGCCACCGCCAGGCCCAAAGCAGGUCCUAACCAGAAAUGUAAGUCUGGUCCGGUGGAUCUGGUCUUCCUCAUUGACAGCUCCCGCAGCGUAAGGCCACAUGAGUUUGAGACCAUGAGGAAGUUCAUGAUCGACAUCCUGGCCACACUGGACAUUGGACUCAACGCCACCAGAGUGGGAGUGGUUCAGUACUCCAGCCAGGUCCGCAGUGAGUUCUCUCUGAAGACCCACGCCAAGCUGGACGCCAUGGUGAAAGGCAUCAAUGAGAUCAUUCCCCUCGCUCAGGGCACCAUGACCGGCCUCGCCAUCAAAUACGUGAUGAAUGCAGCCUUUAUCGCCGAGGAGGGAGACAGGCCAAAGGUCCCCAACGUGGCUGUGAUCGUUACAGAUGGACGUCCUCAGGACCGCGUGGCGGAGGUGGCAGCCGAGGCCAGAGAGAAAGGCAUUGAGAUCUACGCUGUGGGGGUGGCCAGAGCCGAUAUGACGUCACUGAGAGCCAUGGCGUCCCCACCCUUCGAAGACCACGUCUUCCUGGUGGAGUCCUUCGAUCUCAUUCACCAGUUUGGACUGCAGUUCCAGGACAAGCUCUGUGGUAUGGAUCUGUGUCUGGAGUCGGACCACGGCUGUGAGCACAUCUGUGAGAGCUCCCCGGGCUCAUACCACUGCCUCUGCCUGCCUGGAUACACUCUGAAUGAUGAUGGGAAAACAUGGGAAACAUGACUGUGAACAAAUCUGCGUCAGCGCUCCCGGCGUCUUCACCUGCGACUGCAACGAAGGAUACACACUCAAUGAGGACAAGAAGACCUGCACACCCAUUGACCUGUGUGCCGAAGGAAAGCAUGACUGCGAACAAAUCUGCAUCAGUGCUCCCGGGGUCUUCACCUGCGACUGCAACAAAGGAUUCAAACUCAACAAAGACAAGAAGACCUGCACAAACAUGGACCUGUGUAACACAGUGGAGCAUGGCUGUGAGCACCAGUGUGUGAGCACCCCAGGAUCUUACUACUGUAUCUGUCCGGAGGGACAACUGCUGCAGGAUGACGGCAAGAGCUGCGGCACCUGCAAGUCUGCCAACAUCGAUCUGGUGCUUCUGAUUGACGGCUCCAAAAGUGUCCGCCCUCAGAAUUUUGAGCUGGUCAAAAAGUUUGUUAACCAGGUUGUGGACUCUCUGGACGUGUCUGCUCAUGGCACCAGAGUCGGUCUGGUUCAGUACUCGAGCCGGGUCAGGACGGAGUUCCCUCUCAACAUGUACCACACUGCUGACGAGAUCAAAGCUGCAGUCAUGAAGGUUGAAUACAUGGAGAAAGGCACUAUGACAGGUCUGGCCCUUAAACACAUGGUGGAGAACAGCUUCUCAGAGGCAGAGGGCGCUCGUCCAGCCAGCCGCAACAUCCCCCGAAUUGGACUGGUGUUCACAGACGGACGCUCCCAGGACGACAUCACAGAGUUUGCCAAGAAGGCCAAAGAAGCCGGUAUCACCAUGUAUGCGGUGGGUGUUGGAAAAGCUGUGGAAGAUGAACUUCGUGAGAUUGCGUCUGAGCCUGUGGAGAAACAUUUCUAUUACACCACCGACUUCACCGCCAUCAGCACCAUCGCUGAGAACCUCAAACUCAAUGUCUGCCCAGAGGAGAGUCAGGGGGAGAUCGAGGUGAAGGACCCAUGUGCCUGUGAGAGUCUGGUGGAGUUCCAGCAGGCCACCAUGAGCAGCCUGGAGCAGCUCACACAGAAACUGGCUGGUAUGACUGCUCGUCUGGAGCAGCUGGAGAACCAGCUUCUCUCCAGGAAGUGAUCUGAUCAUCACAGUGAGCGAACAGGACACCACAGAGGAAGAGUAGCAGGCUGAGGAAGAGGAGGGCACAUCCUGACACCAUCAUUAAAAGGGGAAAUCAGAAACCCUUUCAAUCAAUGGGCAGAACCAAAGUGUCUUUUCUCGAAGCCUUUGUAGCCUUCAGUAGGUCUGUCGCUCUUCACGUGAGGAUGAUGUUUUUAUCUGAAAGCUUGUGAUAUAGAAUCGUAUUUCUGGUAUCGAUGUAAAUGACAUAAUUUGUACACUUUUUUGUCUAAAAACAAAAACACACAUGACAGCACCACACCCACUUUCCCACCUAUCACUGAGCAGCAAAUGUUUUUUAUGAAACAGAAGGAUAUUGCAUUUCCAAGAUUCCCCAGGACAUCUGUUAACCCUGGGAAUCCGUGUGUACAAGCAAACAAACAAACAGACAAACAGCAUUGACCCUUCCUAAGUCCCGCCCCUUUUGUAACCUCAGUCAGCUUCCUCCUUUCCUGUACUUCGAUAUACUAUGCUACGUGCUAGGUGUUCUUUGCUGAAAAGACAUGCUGACACAUUUCAAAGAAGGUUAAAGGAUAAAAGACAUACGUCGCUAACUAGAUGAGUUUUGCUAUCAUUAGCUAAGUAGCUUUUAGGGGAUGACGUGCAGCAAAAGUGCCACAGUUCAGACUUGAUCUAAGCACAGGAAAGGAGGAAGGUGACAGAGGGUCUGACAGUGAUUGGAGCGCAGAGCGUAAAGGGGGCAGGGCUUAGGAAGAGUCAACACUUCAUCUGUGCAGCACAACGGGGACUGUAGGCAUGUUGGCUAUCUUUGUAAACUAGAUAAUCAGUGUACUGUAUUAGAUAUGAUUUAGUGAACAUGAUCACACGCAGUUCAUUCACAGUCACGCUCCAUUCAGCUGUUUCUCUUAGUGCUGUUUAUACUUGAUCUGUUUUGUGCGGUUUGUUAAAUAUGAUGUAUUUAUAGCAGAUUGUUUUUGUUUUUUAAGUACCACAGUAGAAUAGCAAAUUAAAAUAAAAAGUGUUAUUACCACUCCCAAUAUUAAAUUGGCCAUUUUCAUACAAAAUCAUUACUUGUUUGCUUAUAGAAACUAGUUUUGACCACAGAACAAACUGGCUUUGCAGUGUGACGACUGUUGAAGAGGAAAGUGGUUUAAAUAAAAAAAAAGGGAAGUUAGAAGUUUAAAGGCACUGUUCACUAAAGCUGUGGUCUGUUGUUUAUAAAGAAAAAUGUGAUCAAUUGGUUUUUGUAAAUCACAUUUGUUCUUCACUGUGCACUUUCUAGAUUUUGUCUCACAGUGCUCUUAACAUGUAUUAGUAUUAGUGUACAUACAAGUUAAAAUAACACAUCACAUUUCUGGCAGCAAAUCCCUCCAUAACCCUAAAGUGAUCAGUUAUCAUCAGCCUGACCUGACCAGUCGGUCGUAAUCUCGUCACAUUAGCCUAACGGAGAAUGAGAGGCCUCACAGGGUACUGAGUGUAAAUGAAUGACCACCUUAACUAUGGUAGUUUGCCUCAUUCUUGUAGUUUUGUAUAAAAAGAAAUACCACCACCAAUGUAUGCCCCUUUAUAUUUGAAUGCCUGUAUGUUUUUGUAUA